ACUUGACAAUGUGCUAGUCAGUCAUCUGCAUUAGAUCUGUAAUUGAGUUGGACUCAGAUUGGAUCUAACCACAUCUGAGUCCAAUCUGAAAUCCAACAGGUAUGCAGAUGAGAAGGAUUGUGUACUAUCCAUGAAACCAACAAGGAGUUCAGAACCCUUUAAGAUGGAUAACAUAUGUAUCAACAUUCAGCAAAAUAAGAACACUAAUAAUUUUAGUCAAUAAAUAGGGCAUUAGCAGAACAUACGUAAAAUAAAAAGGAAAAAUAAGAUGAUAUUUACUUCUUCAGUAAGAGAAAUAAAUAGGACAUUGGCACCCCAAAACCAAUUAUAAUCCAUUAGUUUAUCUGAAAAAAGAAAAGGAAAAGGUAAUCAGGAGAAAUCCAGGUGCAUCAAGAUUCAAGAAGAAACAUUAACAUCCGAAGCAGGUCAGACAUGAAAUUUAGUGGGAAAUAAAAGAAAGAUGCCACUAAUUUCUUUUAAUAUUUUUUGCCUAUUGAUGUCCAUCUUGUACAUUAUAUUACAAUUUGUACGACCUAUGCUAUUGAAAAGAGUUUUCUUACUUUAGCAUUUGGCUCUUUUAUUCCUUUGUUUUCACUAUUUUGCAGAUCCAGCAGAAAGGUGCCUCUAAAACUCCUUGAAGUGAUGUGGAGCUUACUAGAAAGUUUUUUGCAUUAGUUCUAAUUCUAAAAACCUAUAAGAACUUUAUUAAAUUUAUUUGUAACCAAGCCAUAGAUGUUUCUUCAUAAGCACUUAAUGACCAAAAUCUGUCAAAUCAAAAGCUUGUUCUACAUUUGAAACUGAGCUUUGGAGUCACUACUUUUGGCAUAUAAUGUCUUAUCUUAAUUAUUUGGGGUGUACAUUCUGGUUAAAUGUUUCUCAUUAUUUGAGGAAUUAUGCUAAACUUUUGGAUCUUUUGUCUUUUUUUGCGUUCUUUCCUUAUGUUUGAAUCCUACUGCUUUCAAGUUUCCUAUACGUAUUUAGACAACACUUAAUAACUUCAUUUAAACAUUCUUUUGUUCAUUUAGACAUCUUUUUCCAUUAUGGUUUUGUUACUUUUGCUUUUUCAUCAUUGCAAGGGUCUCAAUUUUUCUAAUUUUAGAAGGAAUAGUUUACUAUAUGGGGAAAUGCAUUCUAUUCAAUCUUUACUGUCACUGGAUCCUACAGCAAAGGGGGUUUUCUGAGAAUGGUGCAUUGUCAUGCUUAUAGAGAUAGUUAAUCUUAUAAGAGACCCUCUAAAUUAGUCACCUGUUGGUGUCUUCAUCAGUUUUACCCUCGUACCCACUUUGUGUUGCAUUUACUCCCCUUUAUUUAUUCUUUGAGUUGAGAUAAGUGAGGGAUAAAUAUUGUCUUUUCCCAUGUGCAAGGGAUGUUUGGAUAAAAUUUGUCAAAUAUAAAGAAGGCAAUGGAGAAUCACACGAAUGACUUUGGUCUGCCAUAAUAGCUGCAAAAUGUCUUCAGCUAUUGCUUAGGAUUGCUGUGUCAGUUAAGCAUAUUGGUGUUCAAAAGAAAUGAGAGGACGUGUAAGAUGGGAUGAGACUAACUUGUAUGAAAUUGAAGCAAACAAACCUGUAAGGCAGAAAAUCACCGAGCCCAAGACUCCAUACCACCAUAUGAUUGAUGAAGAUGGUUCCCUAUCUCCUGUAGAGAGGUGUUUUGAUGAAUGCAUUGGUGAUGCUAUGCAUGCUGAAGCUAUUCGAACUGCUUUGAAUGAUGUAGCUUCCUCGAGUAGAAAUAAUUCAAAGCAUUCAGGGGGUUGGACAUCCUCUGAGGAUGAGGCAGAUGCCAUGGAACAAGAUGAAGAUUCUGAAACUGAUAAGAGCGCUUUGAGCUUUAGGGAACACAGGAGAGCACAUUAUGACGAGUAUCGGAAGGUGAAAGCACUCCAACAGAAGGGAUCUUUAAGUGAUGAAGCUGAUGAGGAUGAUGACAAGGUGGUAGAAGAGAGCUGCAGUGGUGUGAGAGAUAUAGAAAUUGAGGAUGGUGAUGUGAGAGAAAUAGAGAUUGAAGGUAAUAAGACUUCACCAGAAAAAGCAUUUCCACAACCUCAAGUUACUGGAGCUUAGAGGCUAAAAAGCAAAGCCGGCAUAAAACAAUUUACUACCCCUAAUUUCUUUUAACCUUCAAAUAUCCCUUCAGAAAAAAGGAAUGUUUUUUGCCAAACACGAUUGCUUUUGUUGCUCCAUUUCUUGAAGUAGUUUUUGUGCAUGUGUCGUCACCCUCCUGUAUGUAUACAUAGUUUUUUCUUUAUGACAUGUUUGUGAGCCUAUCCUUUUUAUUUUUGGUGCUGUUACAAUUCUGUCCAACAAAAGCCAAAUGGGAAGUCAAUUUAUCCAUUUGUUUUGGUGA